AUGCCUAACAUGUGGAAGAGAGAAAAUGCAAUAUACCUGGAGCGGGAGCGAGAGAAGACCGCGAUUUGCGAUGAAAUCGUUGCGUUAGAGACAGGAGCAGAGUCAUUGCUGACAGCGCUUUAUCUAGGGCGCCUCAAUGAGUACCAGAUCAUUGGCCGCCAUCUGCCUACCGAGACCAAUCCCACUCCUAAGCUCUACCGCAUGCGCAUCUUCGCUCCCAACACAGUUGUUGCCAAGUCAAGAUUCUGGUAUUUCUUGAUGAAAUUGAAAAAGGUCAAAAAGGCGAAUGGCGAGGUCGUAAGCGUCAAUCAGAUACACGAGAAACGACCUACCAAAGUGAAGAAUUUCGGCAUAUGGAUUCGCUACGAUUCUCGCUCGGGUACGCACAACAUGUACAAAGAAUAUCGAGAGAUGUCGCGAGCAGAAGCUGUGGAUGCUUUAUACCAGGAUAUGGCAGCAAGGCAUAGAGCGAGAUUCAGGUCGAUUCAUAUCUUGAGGGUUGUUGAAGUUGAAAAGACGGAUGACGUGAAGCGUCCAUACCUCAAGCAAUUACUCACCAAGAACCUGAAAUUCCCGUUGCCUCACCGAGUGCCCGCCAAGACGAAAGGGAAGACAUUCGCCCCUCACCGACCUUCGACAUUUGCAUAA